CAAACUUUUGUCAUUGUCAUCCUUUGAGGUAUCUCCAUCAUCCCUGGACGCUUUAAGAGAAACUCAUAAACUUGAAAAGGACAAUGACAUUUCUGAAAUCUCCUUCAAAAUUGAGGGAUCGAAAAACUUUUCAUUGACCAUACUACAUGAUAAUUUCUUCCCCUUCCUCCCACCACAUAAAUCAAUGAAAAUCUGGAUAUUUGAUCCUGGAAAGAUUUCCAAAGUGGAGAGUCGAGAAAUUGAGCACUCCUAUGGAGGUCCUAGGAGUGAAAAUUUGAAGAAAAUUAAUUAUCAUGAUCCAAGCUUGAACGAUUGAACACAAUGAUGGCGUCGUGCCGCGACGUUAAAUUAGGCGCUUCUUGGGAGGCAACCCAAGCAAGGUAUGUUUUCUUUUCAGUUUAUUUCAGUAUGUGUGCGUGUGUAAAAAAAAAAAAAGUGUAUCUGGGGACAUACCCGAUCGCGUAAUCUUCCAUACUCGGUCGGGUAUGGGUAAAAAUAGGGAGAACCGAGUUCCAUACUCGAGCGAAAUGGUCAGUAUUUUAAACAUUGGAGGCAUACUCGAUCGAGUAUCAGUAAUACUCGGUCGAGUAUGUCCAGAAAGGCAAAUCCAAAAAGAGCCUGUUUCCAGCACUCGAUCGAGUAUGGACAUAUACUCGGUCGAGUAUGUCUGGAAAAUCAACCUACCAGACCCUGUCUUGAAGGCCCGAUCGAGUAUUAAGCCAUAUUCGAUCGGGUAUUACUGGAAAACUUCAUACUCGAACCCCUGUGUUGAGUAUCCGAUCGGGUAAAUCUGCAACUUAACCCCAAAACACUCCCCAAAACACUUCAUCUUCUCCAGACACCCAUACCAACCUCGACCCCUUCUCCCCAAAACUCCAAUUUUCUACCUUCUCUCUACCAUAUCUCCAUCAUUUCCCCACCAAAACACCCACAACCCACCAAAAAUCAAAAUCACCCUACUCCACAAACAACAAAAGCCGAAAUUGGGCACUAGGGACAGUGCUUGAACUAAGUGUGGGGGAGGAGACUCAUCAUGGGUAUGUAAUCUUAUUUUCUACCUUUUACUACGCAUGAACUUCUUUAAAAAAAAAACAAAAAAAAAAUGAAGAAAAGAAAUGCUAGUUAGGUUGAAAACCCAACAAAAUGGGCAAUCUAAGCAAAAAAAGGCUUGUGAAAAAUGAUGAGUGAGUUGGGAGAAUGGAAAAUGAAAAGAGAUGCUAGGAUGAAAACCUGAAAAGGCUCCUAGGCAAAAUGAGAGAUAUGAGAGUAAUAUUUAUUUUUGCAUGCACUCAUUUAAUCUCUUUGGAGUAAAAGAGGAAGAAGAGAAGAAAAAGAAGAAGAAAAAAAAGGGCAAGAAGAUGGAGCAUAGAAGAUCAUUAAACCCUAGAAAGAAUGUUGUUGUAAAAACUCAUUUUUCCCCUGGUGGUCUUAGUUUCCUUCUUUCUUGAACUUUUGGAAAACUCUUAAACCGGUUGGAAGUUUCUGUUUUACUCGAGGUCGAGUAAAGAACUAAGUGUGGGGGAGUUGAUACACUUGUAAUUUCCGUAUGUAUGUUUACGUUUUUAGCUAGUUUUGGUUGUUUAGUAUUUCGGAAAUUACACACUUUUGGUGUAAUAGUUUAGUUUGUUGAAUUCUUGUAAUUUGUUUAGAUUAGGGUCAUUCUAAGCUCAAACAGGUCUACCAUCACUCAAAGGACAGUUGGUGAACCCCAAAAGUGGAAGGAAGGUGCAAAAUCACAAGAAAAAAGGGAAAUCCUGAUUUUGGUCUAUACUCGGUCGAGUAUUACCUAUACUCGAUCGAGUAUAAGGUUGAAACUUCAAAUCGGAUCGGAUCCGAGGACAAAGGAACAUGCCGGGAAGAUUUUGGCCACGAUUUAGUGUCUAUACUCGAUCGGGUAGACCGACAUACCCGAUCGAGUAUGCCUUUGAGUUUAAACCCGAAAUCGGUCGAGUAUGGCUCGAAUAUCACUUUCUGCACAUACUCGACCGAGUAUGAACAUAUACUCGAUCGAGUAUACCUCGAAUCUGGUAUUUCUACACAUACUCGAUCGAGUAUCUGUAUAUACUCGAUCGAGUACCCGAGCCUGCACCUCAAAAAGCCUAUAAAUACACCUCCUUUCCU